AAGAUCGCUCUCUCGCUCGCCCGGACGACGACAGUUUGUCGACGCUCUGACACUCGCUGCGACAGUUGAGCGGGGCCGGAAUUCGUACGACGGAAGGAGGAGGAAUAAAGGGACGAGGCCGACGAGGCCCAGAGCAAUAAGUAGACGCCGAGGAAGAAGACGAGGACGACGAAGAAGGCGAAGGCGAAGGUGGAGAAGACUGCGGGAAUUCGUGUCAGCCGGGAGUGAAGCGUGCAGGACGAGGUUCAUUCCACAUCCUCUCGCUGCGGCGCUCGAGUGUCACGACCUUCGGUCGAUUCGAUCCGAAAAUUCCUUCCGAUUUCGGGAUUGUGGUGGGCGGUGGUGGGGUUCGGCAAUUCGGCGGGCCUCGAGGCAUGGGGGAGACGAUGCUGAAUGAAACAGCUUCUUCUGGCGGGGGCGGGUUUGCAAUCCGCAGCUUGGAUUGGGCAUCCGCCUUCUUGCAGAAGGAAGUGGGAAUUGCGCUCACUGCGACUCUUCUCGUUGGGCUGUACACGCUCGUUGCUUUCUGGCUCAAGAAUCGACGCCCGGGUCAGCUGACAACGUGGCCUCUUAUUGGAAGCUUGCCCACUCUGACUCCUCAGUGGCCGCGGCUUUAUGAAUUUAUCACAGAACAACUCGAGAAGAAUGACGUCCUCUGGGCCGGUUUCGCUUUCGGUUUCGAAGGUGUUUACAUUGCCGAUCCGCCUUCCGUGGAGUACAUUCUGAAGACAAAUUUCCCGAACUUUCCCAAGGGGGUGGGCGUUCAAGAGCGCAUGAGAGAGCUUUUGGGUCACGGAAUUUUUGCCGCGGAUGGGCUGCAAUGGAAGAAUACGCGGAAGGUGGCGAGUCUGGAAUUUUCGUCCUCUAUUUUGCGCGACCAUAGUGCAGAUGUCUUCAAGGAGCUCUCGCUGACGCUAACUCGAAUCGUCUCCCAGUACACAGAUUCCAAGACUCCUAUAAACAUGCAGGACCUAUUCAUGCGAAUGACUCUGGACGGGACUUGCAAGGUGGGAUUCGGAGUAGAACUCGGAUGCCUCUCGCCAUCACUGCCGGAAGUGCCUUUCCACAGUAAUUUCGAUCUGGCCAACGAGCUCUCCUUUCAUCGUUACAUCGACCCCUUCUGGAAAGUCAAGAAGUUCUUCAACAAAGGGGACGAGAAAGUGCUCAAAAAGUGCGUGGAUGCCAUGGACGAGUUUGUUUACGAUGUCAUCAAUCGACGUAGAGCGGAGCUGCAAGCCGCCCAGAAUGAUGGACCGCAGAGGCCGGAUCUGCUGACAAGAUUCAUGACCAUGACCGAUAAGGCCGACGAGGCCCUGUCCGACAAGGCUAUUAGGGAUCACGUGGUUAAUUUCAUCAUUGCGGGAAGAGACACGACUGCCAUCACUCUCAGCUGGUUCAUCUACAGAAUUUGUCUUCAUCCACAAGUGGCCGAGAAGAUUUUCCAAGAGGUUACAGCUCUCGAGGAGGAUGAGAAUGCUCUCGACGGGGAUGAAGAGCAAUCGGAUGAUCCAAUCGAGAGGUUUGCUCGAGUUCUUUCGUUCUACAAUGUGGCUAAGUUGAAAUAUCUGCACUGUGCUCUUACUGAGACUCUGCGACUGUAUCCAGCUGUUCCUCUGGAUGGAAAGAUUGCUGAGGCUGAUGACGUGCUUCCAAAUGGAGCUAAGGUCAAAAAGGGCACUCUUGUCACCUACGCCUCAUAUUCAAUGGGCCGUCUAGAAAAAGUAUGGGGACCAGAUGCGAGAAUGUUCAAGCCAGAGCGUUGGCUUAAGGAUGGGUCAUUUCACCCAGAAUCUCCUUUCAAGUUCGUUUCAUUUCAUGGUGGGCUCAGGCAAUGCUUGGGUAAGGAAUCAGCGUACCUUCAGAUGAAGAUAACAGCAGCUCUUCUGGUCCGAUUCUUCAAGUUCGAACUUGUUCCUAACCAGGACGUGAGGCCACGCGUAAUGUUCGUCCUGGCAAUGGCUGAAGGCGUGAAAGUCAUUGCCACACGCCGUUAAGCACGAGACCUUACCUCACGACCAAGCAAACUCAAAUAUUUCAAACCGUAAUCUUUGUACAGAAAAACUGCUUCUCGGCAGUUCGCCUCAGUCUACAGGCGUCAGAUCUAGUCGAGUAAUUGCUUCUAGUCCAUUAACGAAGCAGCACUAGUACUACGCUCCACAGGUGCGCUGCAUUCGGACACAGAAUGCUCUGUCUCCUGCUCCAGUCUUGCAGACGCUGUAAUCAUUCAUUCAGAUGCAAACCAGUAGGCAUCUUUGAAGCGAGCUUGCUUAUAGACCUGUCCACCCUUGGACUUCUGGUUACGGUAUAUUGAUAAGAAGGUACAUUAUUUGCAGUCUGUAUAUGAGUUCGUUCAUUAGGUUUAGUUUGUCCUUCUGCAGCAACCUCCGACAGGCGAAUGACCAUCUGGAAACGGCAUGCUGAAAGGAAGGUACAUUCCUUGUAGUCAGUAUAUGGGUUCGUCCAUCAAGCAAAGUUUGUCCUUCUGCAGCAACCCACGACAGACGAAUUGCCAUCUAUUUAUGGAAUGCUGAUAAGAAGGUACAUUCCUUGUGGCCUGUAUAUGAGUUUCUUCAUCGAGCUCAGUUUGUCCUUCUGCAACCUGCGACAGACGAGUGUGAUCAUGCCUGAAAAUAGACGACUUCAGCUGUUGAGGGCACAAGACUGUAAGUCCUGUGAUUGUGAAUAUCUGUAUAAAGGAUGUGUGUGAUCCUUCAUUGGUGUUUGGACUUGUUUUCCGGGCCCGAUCGAUGCCUAACAACUAGGUUCUGAUGCUUUUGAAGCUUUGCUGCUGUUCAGCAAUUCCGGAUGAUGUGUUUGUUUAG